CAGACCAGCACAUCUUACUCCUCUUUUAAAACAACAAGGAUUUACUCUUUUGGACGUUUUCUCCAGGACAAACUUCAGCACUCUGCAGACAUGAGGGGACAUUUUUCUAUCGAGUGGAUGGCUCAGAGCAGCCAGCCUGCAGGGACAGAGACCGGAUCAUCCUCUAGACCUGGACCUGGACCCGGACCUGUUGCCUGUGGGACUCAUUCUGAGAGUCUGCCGGGUUUUUACUGCAGACAAAAGUUAGAAAAUUCCCCAAAACAGCAAGAAAGCAGGAACCAGAGCCUAGAUGCUUUCAGUCUGAAGCUCCAAAACUCCAAUAAUCAAGUGUCUGAAGCAGGUUUCAGCAGCGGGACGGAGGAGGAGGAGACCUCUGGCUACGAGAGUGAAGGAGGUCACUCCCUCUCCAUCUCCACCUCCACCUCCCCCCCGGCGUCUCCCCCGUUAGGGAGGAGGCCUCGCACGGCGUUCACGGCGGAGCAGAUCAGCAGCCUGGAGAGAUCCUUCAAGAGGAACGCCUACCUGGGAACGCAGGACAAGGCCGAGCUCUGCAAGAAGCUCAGCCUGUCAGACAAACAGAUCAGAAACUGGUUCCAGAACCGGCGGAUGAAGCUGAAGAGGACGGUUCAGGACGCCCUGGCUCACGCCUGUCACGCUAACGUGUCGUCCCAGUUCAUGCAUUACCCCGAGCUGCAGGCCUUCAGACCGGGUCCAUACUCCAGAUACCACUCAGCAGCAGCUCCAGACCUCCAUCCUCCACACGGCCUGCAGUACGGCUCCUCUCUGCCCAGCGUCGCCUCUCUGCCCCUGGACUCGUUCUACCAGUACAGCAGCCUCCCUGGAGUCAUGCUGCCUCCGUCCUCGUCUCCUCUCAUGGCAUCCUACUCCACGCACCCUCAGUACUACUGA